UAAGAAAACGAGCGCCCCCUCUGCUCGACAUCCGCUGAAGAAAUUAACGGAACAGAUUUUCGUUCGCUCCGCUGCUGCAAUGAAUGCAAUACUCUGACCCGCAAUCUGUGUACAUUCAUCCUGAGAGUGAGUCACACUCAGGCGUGUAAGGGCAAAUAUAUUAAUUUGCAUCUGAAUAAGAAGCCGAAGUAGCUGCAAAAUGGAGAACUGCAGCUUCCAGAGCCAGCUGCUGUCCGUCAUGGAGGUCCUGGCCAAGGCGGCUGUGGCGGAGAUAAACCGGCGUGUGGAUGACAGCUGCGCGGUGCUCCGGCUUGAGGUGAGCCAGAGCCGGCGGGACAUCGAGCUGCUGAAGCGUAAAUGUGAGGGGAUGGAGGCAGAGCUGCGGAGGGCCAGGAUGAGAGCCAGGAGGAAAGUGUUUUAUCCUCCAGCAGCUGGGAGAUUUUCUCCUUUUGUGAAAGUAGUUUUGAACCAAGAGAGACAGGGCGCAGACUGGAACAGACAGAUGGAUGCUGAGGCUCAAAAUCAGCCCCAGCAGUGUGCACACAUGGAGCCCACUAACGAAGAUGAGCACGUACGGAUCAAAGAGGAGUGUGCAGAGGAGGACGAGUGGAAGAACGACCCAGAGGACAAACUGAUAUCUGGGGCCUCACAGCCUGUCCAGACCGACGUCUUUGUGGACCAUUACCACUCAGCUGAGAACCCAACGGACCCGGAUUCUGUCAUUUCCCCAACGGACGGGUACAACGCUUUGCCAGAGCAGCAUCUGAACGCAAACCAAAAUGGGACAGAACUCAUAGUGAAACAUGAGAAAGAGGAAGAGCCCGAUGAGAACGCCGCUCCGCUCGAUUCAGGCCACAAGUCUGCGUCAGAGGAAGCUGACAGUCACCUGUGGUCGUCCAGUCUGUGCGGAGACGCCGGCGACCCAAGCUUCCCCUAUGCUGGGCAGCAGUUUGAGCCGUUUCCCGCUGUGCUCACACCUCAAAGCAGCCUGCAUUUAGAAGGUAUGGUGUACAGGGUUCACGCUGCAGGGAAAACACACUCUGCCACGGUGAGUGCAGCACGAGUGAAAAGACGAUCCAGGACAUUUGGAUGUAAACGUCCGCAGGCAGAUGAAGGACACAGUGCUUUAUCUCAGAUUAACUGCAAGGAUCAGAGCUCAAUUCCUCAACACACACAGCAUCAGUACGGAGACUUUGCACCGCCUGUGAGGAACCUAGCUGAGGAUGAGUUGGUGCAAAAUCCCGCGGCCUCCUCCCUCUGUGGGCACAGCCGCAGCGGCUUCGGCCUUGCGCGGAGGAUGAGGACUCCCUGGAGGUCCAGCAUCGGCGAGAAGAGGUUCAGCUGCACGUACUGCGAAAAGAGCUUCAUGAGGUUCAGUCAGCUCAAAGAGCACCUGAGGAGCCACACGGGGGAGAAGCCGUUCAGCUGCCUGCAGUGCGGCCGGAGCUUCACCAAACAGUGCAACCUCAUCAGACACGCGGUGGUCCACAGCGGGGAGAAGCCCUACGAGUGCUCGCUGUGUGGGAAGUGCUUCACCCAGCGCUCCAGCCUCAAGUCCCAUCAGAAAACAGCACACUGACUUUAGACUGGUUUGUUUUGGUAACUUUAAGAAACAUACCACGUUUUUUUCUUUAGUUUUUUUUGUUUGUUAGUCAGUCUUUAACUGCAGCCGGGAAUAUGUUGAUUAUAUACUGUUUGAAUUAUGUUAUAAUAAUAAUUACUAUUAUUAUGUUUGUUUAAAACUGUUUAAUAUUAUGGCUACUCUGCAACUACUUUCAUUGCUGUUGUAAUGAAGAUUAAGAGGCUAUUUGUCAAAAUAUAAAUAAAUAAAUAAAUAAAUAAAUAACCAAAAUAUUUUAGUGAGGACAUUAAAGAGUCCCCCACACACUAUUCUCUUUUCCAACCGGGCCACUCAGGGUAGCCACGCCCCCCAACCGGGCCCAGGGCCCUGAACGUCUUCUCUGGGUUACCUCACAACAAUAAACAGCUUGUAAAGACUGGAUGCUUAGAGCAGAACUGAAGCCAGUGGUUGAGAGUUUAAAUGCUUUAAAAUUUCCAAAACACCAUAAAUGAUCAGUAGAUCUGA